AUCUUAAGUAAAAAAAUUCAAACCACACAAGUGAGGACUGAAGAGGAAGCAAUGGCGGUCUUAUCCACCAUCUUCUCCGUCACCACCAGAGCCUCAACGCCUCCUAUAGCGUCUCUAGCUAAUGACUCACCGUCUCCACUUCCUUCUUCGUCAUCACCGUCUAAGAAACCGGCAAAACUCAUCAAAGUGAGCAAACAAAUGGGAAACCAAAACCAGCAAUUACGGAAAUUACAACGGCGAGGCAACAACAAGCCUUCGAUAGCUCAGAUCGAGCGAGCGUUCGGCUCUGGAUCAUAUCUUGAUUCCGAAGGGGAAAUGGAUAUGAAUACAGUGUUUGAUGAGCUUCUAUUAGGCCAUACUAAUAAAUUCGAAGGAAAAAUUGAAAAGAAGCUGCGAGAGAUCGGCGAAAUCUUCGUAGCUCAAACGGAGACUAAGCUUCGUUCCUCCGGGAAACAAGUAUUGAUGUUUACAAUACAGUGGAUUCUUCCCAUAUGGAUUAUGUCUCUGCUCGUAGCUUGUGGAGCUAUUAAACUCCCUUUUAGCCUCCCGUUACUUGAUGACUUGAUCAUGUGAAUUCUACUAGCUACAAUCCAUGUCUCGUUACUUAUACUUUUACUGUGAUAUAUGGAUCAUAUAUGAUAGAGAUAUCUUUAUAGCUUCUACAAAUCUUGGUUAGAAAAUGGUGUAUGCAUAAACAGAAAGUUAUAAUCUUGCAGCUCUCUGCUUCAGCUAUAAAUAGUAAGUUGUUACAAAGUGGCAUUUCACUUCA